AUGAACAGUGGAAUUUGUCAGGAUCCGGGAUCUAUGCCUAGACUUCCAUCGUUUCGGCAGUUAAAUGAGACAUUAAAGGAUACAGAAUUUAGUUCACCAACACAGAGAGUUGUACAAUAUUCAUCUUCAGUGAGGAAUUUGGCAUCGCAUGAGGAAAUCCAGCCCGCUCCGCAGAAUUCGUCGAUAGGUACCAACUUGACAGGACGCUCAUUUGCUAAGGGCCAAGAAUACAUGUAUGGAACACCUAUCCAUGGAAGACAUGAAAGCUAUCCGAAUCAAUACUAUGUUUCCAGAAAUGAAGCGAAUCUACCAUCAUACUCAACUUCGCCAUCAUCAAUCGAGAGUUUGGACAUGUCCAAGGUAGAUCAAGAUGUGGCCCAACAAUAUGGCGAAGAUAACUACAAAUUUGUGUCUGAGUUGGUCAAAUUUCUAGUUGCGUUUGAACUGAAAUGCAAGGAGAUUAAUGCUCUACUGUACUACACUUAUGGGAAUACGGGUCAUAAUUUUGAAAAUAUUUUGAAGAAAAUGAAACACGAUGAUAUAGAUCAAGUGUUGAGUAAUCUUCGCAAGGUUUCUGAUCUUUUGGAGGGCAUGAAGCGGCAUAAGGAUAGAAAGCAACAUUUAAUGGGAUCAAAAGUGUCGAAAUCUCUGAAUGGAGGAAGUGGCAGUGGUAUAAAGAGGAACUUGAGUCAACAUAUGGCGACCACUUAUGAAUCCAAAAAGAGUCGAAAAAAGGGUGUGCAAAUGGAAUCCUAUUUGAAUGCGAGUGAUUUAUUUCAGCGUCAUGUGGGUACGGCUCCGAAAGACACCUGUUUGUACUUGGAGAAUAAGAACAAUUUCAAAGCAAGUGGUGUUGAUUCAGACUCGAGCUUUAAGCCUGAGAUUAUUUGCCAGCACUGUCGCUCCAAAGAAACGCCCGAGUGGCGAAGGGGCCCCGAAGGCAGCAGAACCUUGUGCAAUGCUUGUGGGUUAUUUUAUUCCAAGUUGAUUAAAAAGUAUGGUUUACAUGAAGCAGAUAAAAUCAUGCUUGAACGGAAACAGAGAGGGUCAGUGAAUGAUAGAAGAAUCUUCUGA